UACUGAGAGCUUCACUAAGCCCAGCUUGGAUCUCCAAAGAACAGCAGUCAAGACAGCAAGAGGGAAUACUACCCAUCUAACAAGACACAAUUGUCAACUUUUCUAAUUCUGGGACCAGGAUAGCUGUUUCUAAGAAACUCAACCAAGAUGAUGAUGAUUUUUGUUGUCGUUACCUUUUUGGGGAGCAUCAACGUGGCUUUCUCCUCUUGCCCAUCUGUGUGUGAGUGUCCAGUGGAGAUACCUAGGUGUGCGCCUGGUGUCAGCGUGGUUCUGGACGGUUGCGGUUGUUGCAAAGUUUGUGCCAGGCAGCUGAAUGAGGACUGCAGUCUCACCGAGCCCUGCGACCACACCAAAGGGCUGGAGUGUAACUUCGGGGCCACCUUUGCUGCUGCUACAACUCGUGGCAUCUGCCGAGCCAAGUCAGAGGGCAGACCUUGCGAGUACAACAGUAGGAUCUACCAGAACGGAGAAAGCUUCCAGCCUAACUGUAAACAUCAGUGCACAUGCAUCGAUGGUGCUGUGGGAUGUGUCCCACUGUGCCCUCAGGAGCUCUCCUUGCCCAAUCUGGGCUGUGCCAACCCGAGACUGGUCAAGGUAGCUGGCCAGUGCUGCGAAGAAUGGGUGUGUGAUGAUGGCAAGGGCACUGACAUUUUGGAGAAGAUCUUUGGCAAAGAGAAGACGCCAGAUGAACUCGAAAGAGACCUCACCAAGAAAAAUGAGCUAAUUGCCAUUGUCAAAGGAGGACUCAAGUCACUAGCUGCCUACAGACCACAAGCUGAAAUUCAAAUGUUCAGUAACCAAAAGUGCAUCAUCCAAACCACACCGUGGUCUCAGUGCUCCAAGAGCUGUGGAACAGGCAUCUCCACCAGAGUCACCAACAACAAUGAAGAGUGCAAGCUGGUUAAAGAGACUCGAAUCUGUGAAGUGCGACCAUGCACCCAGUCACCUUACUCCAGUCUCAAGAAAGGAAAGAAAUGCAGCAGAACCAAAAAGUCCAGUCAACCAGUGAAGUUCACUUAUGCUGGCUGCUCCAGCUUGAAGAAGUACAGACCCAAGUACUGUGGCGCCUGCGUGGAUGGUCGCUGCUGCAGCCCUCACGACACCAGAACCAUCCGGGUCAAGUUCCGCUGCGAGGAUGGCGAGACCUUCAACAAGAACAUCAUGAUGAUCGAGUCCUGCAAGUGCACCUACAACUGUCCCCACGCGAACGAAGCCUCCUACCCUUUCUACCGUCUCUCCAAUGAUAUCCACAAGUUUAGAGACUAAUUGGUGAAGGCUUUCCUUAAUCCCAUGCAAGAGUGGCAGCCAUUGGCAGUCCAGAUGAGUGCAUGGGUGUAAAUAAGCCACCCAAAAACUACCAGCUUCUUGUUGUAACUAGAUUCCUAAGGAAUUGUGGGCUUACAUGAGGAGGACUCUUUCAAGUGCACUGUUUGCUGUGACUAUAUCAGCACUCUUUACUAAGAAUUGCUUCAUAUUAAGGGAGCAUCAAUGCUGGCUUCGUUACGGAGCAAGAUGUAAUUAACAUUUGUACAUUUAUGUUAUUUACUGAUAUCAAUUCACUAUGUAUAUUUUGAUCUUUAACAUCGGAUAUGGCCAAGACUGUAGACUUGUGUGUGCCUAUGUAAGUACAUAUGCACACACGUAACAUCGAUUAGCAUUCCAUCCCACAUUGUAACCUCUACUUGUUUAUCAAGUGUGUGGUUUCAUGACUUGCUGACGUGGGCAUUAUAGUUCAUGUUAUGUGGCAGCUAGUGAACUUCCUUCAUGAAAAAAGACAAAGCGAAGCAUGUCAACGAAUGAAUGAAUGUUUUUAGUGUUGUUAAUAUUAUUUAUCUAAGAAAAUGUAGCUACUUUAUUUGGAUAUUAUAAGUCAUACUGGAAUAAAUUGUAAAAUGAUUUAAUUUUAUAUGCUACAAAUAAAAAUUUAUUUAUGAAAUAUGA